UUUCAAAACUUUCCGCGCAGAAACGUGUCGGUUCGUCUUCUUCAAGAGGCAAAGUAGAAAGAGUGAAAAAACCUCACCUUGUCCUGAGUGACAUUUGGUCCGCCUACGACAAGUGGAGCACUUUUUGCGUCGGCGUUCCUCUUAAGCUGAAUGACUACUCUUGGACGGAUGCUACUCAGUAUUAUGCUCCCACCCUCUCCGCCAUGCAAAUCUUCACCAAGAAACCCUUCCUCGACGAUGGAUCUUCUUCUUCAUCAAGGAGCUUUGGUGAGGACUGCCAUCUCUAUUUUGAAUACAAUGAGACAGUGAGUGUAGAUGGGCUUAGGCUUCCUCUUACUAUGAUGGUUGAGGAACUAGCUAAGAAGCACCAUGGAUUGAAUACUCUUAGAACCUCUGAUCUGUCUGAAAACAGCUGGUUUUCUAUAACUUGGUCUCCGGCAACUCAAAUUCCAUCGAGGCAAACACUGAAUCAGUAUUUCCUAACAUAUCAUUCAUUGACACCCGUUAUUCCAGAAACAAUUCCUAAAGGGACAGAAGUUGAGCUUCCUGCUUUUGGAGUUCUGACUACCAAGCUCUCUGGCGAAGUUUGGAACAUGCCAGGGACCUCAGAUCAAGAGAUCAUAAACAGGCAUGAGGAGGCUGCUGCCUCCUGGCUGGGAAAACUCAUGUUCAGCCACAAUGAUUUCGACUUGUUUAUGGCUGAGAAACCUAAGGACCUGCCAUUUUCAAGUGGCCACUAUGAGGUGGUAUAUGGUGAGUGGUAACUAUCUCCUCUUGGAACUUCUCAUAGAUCCUCCAGGUCCUGGUGAUGUAAUGUUGCCAGUAGAAAAAUAAGCCUGGUAGUGGUAUCUUUUUAUCAUGGAAUCUUUAGAUGAAAACUUUGUGAACAUCUUCUGGAUUUUUCAGUUUUAUUUAAAAAGUGGCAUAUGAUUUGCCAUAACUCAAAUUAUUCUUAAUAUAAUGCAAGUUGGAUUGAGUAU